GUGGUUUCAUCCCAACAUCAGCGGAAUUGAGGCGGAGAAGCUGCUCCUGACCAGGGGGGUCCAUGGCAGCUUUCUGGCUCGACCCAGCAAGAGCAACCCCGGGGAUUUCACACUCUCUGUCAGGAGAAAUGACGAGGUGACGCACAUUAAGAUCCAGAACACGGGGGAUUACUAUGACCUCUAUGGAGGCGAGAAGUUCGCCACGCUGGCCGAGCUGGUGCAGUACUACACCGAGCAGCAGGGGCUGCUGCGGGAGAAGAACAGCAACGUAAUCGAGCUGAAGUACCCCCUCAACUGCCAGGACCCCACCUCGGAGAGGUGGUACCACGGGCACCUCACCGGCAAGGAGGCAGAGAAGCUGCUGACGGAGAAGGGAAAACCAGGCAGCUUUCUGGUCCGGGAGAGCCAGAGCAAACCCGGAGACUUUGUAUUGUCGGUGCUGACAAACGAGGAUAAGCUGGAGACUGGGGAUCGGAAACCACACGUCACCCACGUGAUGAUCCACUACCAGCUGGACGGGAAAUAUGACGUAGGGGGAGGCGAGAGGUUUGACACGCUCACGGACCUGGUGGAGCACUAUAAGAAGAACCCCAUGGUGGAGAAAUCGGGAGCUGUGGUUCACCUGAAGCAGCCGUUCAACGCCACCCGCAUCAACGCAGCCAACAUUGAGAACAGGGUGAAGGAGCUGAACAAGAUGGCAGAUCACAGCGAGAAGGCCAAGCAAGGCUUCUGGGAAGAGUUUGAGAUGCUGCAGCAGCAAGAGUGCAAGCUCCUCUACCCCAGGAAGGAGGGACAGCGACCGGAGAAUAAGACUAAGAAUCGCUACAAGAACAUCCUUCCUUUCGACACCACGCGGGUGGCACUCCGAGACAUGGAUGAGAGCGUGCCCGGGUCGGACUACAUCAACGCCAACUACAUCAAGAGCAUCCCUGAAGAUGGGAGGAACUCGGAGCACUGCAAGGUCUAUAUAGCCACCCAGGGCUGCCUGCAGACAACCGUGAACGACUUCUGGGUCAUGGUGUACCAGGAGAACAGCCACGUCAUUGUCAUGACCACCAAGGAGGUGGAGCGGGGCAGGAACAAAUGCUUCCGUUACUGGCCGGACAAGGGUUGCACUAAGGAAUACGGGUGCAUCUGCGUGCGAAACGUCAGCGAGCGCGAGGCCCAGGGCUACUACCUUCGGGAGCUGGAGAUCUUGCGCACCGCCCGUGUGAGUCCUCUGUAG